AUGAGUUAUUCAAAAUUUGAUUUAACGUUUAAAAUAGGUCAAUAUUUAGACCGGCAUCUUGUGUUUCCUCUUCUGGAAUUCUUAGCAGCUAAGGAGACCUAUGACCAAUCGGAGCUUUUACAAGCAAAAUUGGAGAUUCUAAGCAAAACUAACAUGAUAGAUUAUGUUAUUGACAUAAGAAGAAUGCUUUAUCCUGAUGAGGAUACACCCGAGGAAAUUAAGUCGCGCAGAAGUGUAGUACUGUCUCAGCUGCAAGAACUUCAGGAUGCAGUGGAACCUGUGUUACGACUUAUGCAGAGGGAUGAUGUUAUGAAAACAGUUGAGACUAUGAGAGACCCUAAAACUCUUAUAAAUCACCUGACUACCAACAAAGAAUAUGAGUUCAAAACAGAGAUGAUUGACAGCAUGUACCGCUUGGCCAAAUACCGCUAUGAAUGUGGUAACUAUGUGGAGUCAGCUUCAUAUCUAUACUUCUGCCAACUUGUCAUGUCUCCCACCGACAAGAAUUAUCUACCAGUGCUGUGGGGUAAGUUGGCGAGCGAAAUUCUAGUGCAGAACUGGGACGGCGCGCUGGAGGACCUGACGAAACUGCGCGAGUUCAUCGACAACGGCGGCGCGGGCGCUACCGCCAACAACAUGCAGGCGCUGCAGCAGCGCACUUGGCUCGUACACUGGUCCCUCUUCGUCUUCUUCAACCACGUCAAGGGACGCGAUUUGAUCAUUGAAAUGUUCUUAUAUAAACCAUUAUACCUGAAUGCCAUCCAAACAAUGUGCCCUCACAUUCUUCGCUACUUGGCCACUGCUGUUAUUAUUAAUAGAUCCAGAAGAAAUGCUCUGAAAGAUCUUGUAAAGGUUAUACAACAAGAAGCUUAUACUUACAGAGAUCCAAUCACUGAAUUUAUAGAACAUCUGUACGUAAACUUCGACUUUGAAGCUGCACGUAGGAAACUAAAUCAGUGCCAAGCAGUUCUCUUGACUGACUUCUUUCUGAUCGCCUGUUUGGAGGAGUUCGUCGAGAAUGCUCGUCUGAUGAUUUUCGAGACUUUCUGCCGCAUCCAUCAAGUUAUCAGUAUUGGAAUGUUAGCCGAAAAUUUGAACAUGCAGCCAGAUGAAGCCGAAUGUUGGAUUGUGAACCUGAUUCGUAACGCGCGUUUGGAUGCUAAGAUAGACUCCAAGUUGGGUCACGUGGUUAUGGGUGCGCAGCCGCUCUCGCCAUACCAGCAACUAGUCGAAAGAAUAGAUUCACUCGCGGUGCGCUCGGAAGCUCUCACGUCGCUCGUAGAACGCAAGCACAAAGCCCGCAAUCAAGAUAUUCGUUGGGGUACACAAGAAUUCUGAUUCGGGAUUUUUUCAAUAGUCUCCACAGCAAUUUUUAAUUCCAUUGUCAACCGGAAUUAAAUUUUAAUAUUAAAUUUAUUUACACA